AUGUGGUCUCUAGAAACUUUUGAAGCGAUAGUUGGCAAACCAAGACCUAGAAGUGUGAGUUCCACGAACUUUCCUGUAAAUUUUGAGUUUAAAUAUUUUCAGAGAAGCUCAGUACAUUUCGAAAAUGAGAUUUUGAACGCGAAGCCAACUAUAUUCAAGGAUACAAAUAAUAUCAAUUUCAUCACCAAAAUAGACGCACUCCUUUUAUACGUCAAAAACAGUAAGAAUAUUCACGAUGUCAAAGAUAUCAGAACAAUCGUCACAAAACUUCGUCAAAAAUACAAGGAUGGUCUUGAAUUUAUCAAAGAAAGUGUUUUUUUGAAAAAUAUUUUCAACGAAGUCGGGAAACAUCGGAACGAUUAUGGAAAAAUCUCGAUUUCUUCGCUGGAAAAAGUUUUUGGAUUGAAGAGUGGCCCAAAUUAUUGGUUUAAUGGAAGAGAUGCGGUUGUGAGAGUUUUUAAUGAUAAAGAUUGUGAAACGGAGAAGUUUUUGAUGGCGAAAGAAGUUGAAAUGGCUUGUCAAAUUGUGAUGAAGAAGCUAUCGAUAAAAGUUUCUCAAAGAGGUAUAUUGUCGCUCGUAAAUAUUUCGAAAAUUAAUGAAUGUUGGUGUGUGCGCGCGGUCGCGAUGCGGUCGAAAUAAAAUCAAUAUCGCCCAAUUUUUUCCUCGAAAAUGUUGUUUUUCAUCACAAAAAACGGAAGUCAUUAAUUUUCAAAGUUUCGUUGUUGUUAUUUAUCAUUUUUUCAGCAAAAUAGGUUUUUCAGACUGAAAACUGAAAUGUAUGCAAUGAAAAUGAAUAACGUUAAUUUAAUUACGCAAAAAUAACUGUUUUGUGUAAAAAAACAGUUUUUUCGAGGAAAAAAAGAAAAAAAUCGGCGAUAUUGAUUUUGUUUCGACCGCAUCGCGACCGCGCGCGCACACACCGACAUUCAUUGAUUUUCAUUUCCACAAUACUCCGAUUUUUCAGGAUUGCUGCCAACUGAAACCCGAGUCGAUCGAAUCCUCGGCAUUAUCCAAGUAAUUUCCUAUGAUUUCUUCCUACAAACCCUGGCACUUCUUCAACUUCCUCUCCAACAAUUCCACAUAAUUCACCAGGAUUUAUCAAGUUUUCCUCCUCCCCAAAAAAAUCCAAUCAUCUCUCCGUAUGCAACCAGCUGUUUAUUAGCAAAACACGCAUUUUUCCGAGUUUUUCAAGCGAUUUCAAUGGAAAUGCGUAUUUUUCAAAGACUCGAAAAUGCAAUGUUUUCGAAAGUUUUUCAAUGGUUCGCAAGAUUCCACGACACUUUUAAUGAUUUGAAAACACGUCAAUAUUUUAUUGAAAUUUCGAGUAUUCAGAAAAUCAUUGAGGGAGCGGAAAUUCUUGAAGAAUACGCAAAAAAUCACGCGGAAGGUAUGAAAAAUCCAAAUUUUCCGAUAAAAAUUCUCAUUUUUUGCAGAAAUUAAAAAAGAUCGAAAUUUUGAAUAUGAUGAAGUUAUCGAAACUCUCCUCAAAACUUCGCCUGAAAAUUUGGAACUUUUUUUCAAAAUUUUUGCAAGAUCAAUUCUCACCGAGACUUAUGAAUCCUUUCAAAUCCACGAGAUUUAUCACAAAUCAAUUCGCUGUGCUUUUCUAAAAAUGAACCCGAGAUAUUUCAAUUUUGUCACCAAACAUAAUCCAACCAAGAAAUAUAUGGAAAAUAUAAGUCCGAUGAGAUUCGAUGAAUAUUUGCAACAUUUUUAUAAUUUGGACAUUAUGAAAUGCUCUCAAGAUGCUGUUCAACGUGUUUUUGAUAAUGAUAAUCUUCGAUUAUUUUCAAUUUUGGAAAAUCGAUCGAUAAUUCAUCCAACAGUGUAUCCUGGUUUUGCUGGAACAACUAUGGUUUUUGUGUAUUUGGAAGAUUAUGAGAUAAAAGAGUAUACUGUAGUCGAGUAUUAUAAGCAUUUGUGAGUUUUUUUGGGGUGAAAGAAAAAUUCUAAAAAUCGCUAUUUCCAGCUUCAACAUCACAAUUCCAUCUGAUAUGAUCUGCGUCUAUGAUAUAAUGAAAGCAUCAAUCGCUGAUAAAGAUCAAGAUAUAUACCAUGUAAAUAUACCAAGUUACAACAAAACAAUAUAUCCAAUUCCUCUAAAUCAAAUGUAUGUUCAACAACAUCCCGUGCCGGUUUUUCAAAUAUCUUUUUAA